UUCAAAAUUUUACAGCUGUUUUUUAAAUGUGGAAUUAUUUAAAUUUUCCAUUUGAUGAAUUUAUAAUUCAUACGUAAUUCCUAUAUAAACAAUGUGUCAGGUAGAAAAAAGUACGGCCAUUUUUGAUCCGAUCUGUGGACCAUUGGAUUUAAAUUUUUCUAAAUCUGCUACAGGGAUUAUUUUGGUCACACAAAUGUUGGUGGCUAUAUUAGCAUUUUUCAUCGUUGAAUUUUCCACGUGGUGUUUAGAAUCUGUUGGUUCUAUACGAACAUUUACGACGCUCACUUUAUCCGUCUUUUGGCUUAAUAUGAUCUUCCUCAUAGUUUUCGUUUGCAACAUACCAUACAAAUUGGACAAGAUCAACUGGCUUCUCAUAACGUUCUUGCAGCAAUUUUUCUGCGCAUUAUUCAUAUUUAUUGCCAUAAUAGUAUUAGCGAUAAAUCCAUGCACAAUUGGACAUAUGAUUGGUGUGAUAACCGCCAUUGUCCUUCUCCUAUUCUAUUUGCUGGGCGCUCUCCUGGUAUUCAAAAAUUAUUCCCGACCUGAUCGUUCCACUGAGCCAAUGGAUCCCGUUAAUGCGGAUAUCCCCGAGGUAUCAAAGGUCACAUCGAGUAUUCGAGAUAAGCUAGAUGGAAAUACUUCUCCAUCUUUACCACGCUCGCAUCUAGGCGAUAACCGGGUGCCAACUCCCCCCGGUCCUUAUUUAGCACCUCCUCCCCAUCCUCCACCUCCCUCGUUGGGACGACCCCCACCACCACCGCCAUUCAGGACUAUCAACAUUGAAAGAGAAUAAUAAGGAUUGCUAUUUAUUAUGGAUAAAUAUAAAGCAAGCAAUAAGCAUUGUUUGAAAAUAAAAUUCAAAACUUGUGAUUAUGUUUUUGGUAAUUUUUAUUAAUGUUUUUUAAUUUUUAGCUAUUAAUUUUUUUAAUGAUCAUAAAGUAUAGAAAGGACACGAUUAUUUUUCAUUAUAAAAAUUUGUAAUUUUUAUUGAUAAGGUCAUAAACUUAUUUCGUUAUCUAUAUAAUAUGUAAAAUUAUUAUUUUUUUAUCAUUUUUCAAGCAAUAUUCCUUUUAAAUUAUGCGAUUGCGAUCAAAUUUAUUAAAAAAAAUUUAAAGACAUUAGGUUAUUUUGGGUAUAUUAUCUUUCAGGUUUUACACGUGUAAAUACAUUUUAUUUUAAAGACAAAUUAAAAAAAUUUUAUAUUACUUUUGUAAUAAAAAAAGAAUGUAUAUAAAAUAUGCUAAUUCUUUUAAAUUUUAUUUAAGAAUAUUUGUGAUUCUGUAUAUUAUGAUAAUUAUUGCGAAGCCCUCUCCACCUUUUUAUGCAUUUCAUUCUUUCUUCUUUUUUAUAAAAAAAAUGCUUUAUUUAUUUCGUGAAUUUUCAAAAUUGAAAUUCGAAAUCGAUAUUCAAAAUAGUGUAAUAAAUAAAAAAAAUUUAUAUAUUAUAUGAAAUGAAAUUGUAUAUUACAUUUAAAAUUUUAACAUAGUUUUGUUUGUAAUUUAUAUUUAAUUUAUAUACUACCUUUUUAUUUUAAAUUAUAAACGAAUAAUUUAUUGAGCAUU